CUGCCCCGCUAGGAGUUACGAAGUGGAAACUGUUUAACUUCUGUAAAGUUAUGUUGGUGGGCUGGAGGCAAGAAACAUGCUCAACACUCACAGCACGGGCACCUUGUUUGGGUUUUUAAUUUUUAAAGUAACCAAUAGAUUACUUUUUCUGUGACUUAAAAUAGAAACUGAAGCCAUCUUUUAUAUCAUAACUUCUUGGGGUCCUGAUGCAAAGUGGGGUGUAAGGGUGUAUGUACACACGCCUAGCCCACUGUGCUUCUGCAGCUUAAAUUUUGCUGGCAAGGCAUUUUGUAUCAUUGUCCAGUAGCCUUGAAAGCAUUUUUACCUGGACGCUCUUUUUCAUUCCACAGUUUUAAUUCUUUCACUUCUGUAUGGAGUGCCACCCCUCACCCCCAAUAAAGGAAGACUUUCAUCUGGGUUAAUUCCUCCUAUCCCAUUGUCUCUGCUUCGUUUUUCUUUUCCUGGCAGCUAUAACAUAUAUUUACUGAAAUCUCCGUUUGGAAACUGUAAAAUAGACGUGUAUUGCCAGUAUUUCAAUGAUUUGUGGCAUUUCCUCACUUAAAUGGUAGGUGGCUGGAGGAAACAGUAGCCCUGACUCCCAAAGGAGACUGUUAGCCACACGUUUUUUGUCAAGUUCAUUACAAACAAAAAGGUACCGGACACUGUUGUACUAUUAGCUGGGGCAAGGGGUAGAGAAGGAAUAGAAUUACUUGUCUACUUUAAGUUAUUACUGCUCGAUACGUAAAGUCAGUCAUAUGAGAGAGUUGGUUUAGGUGGAAAACAGUUAAUGGUCAUGUUACCUGAAAUGUGAAAAUCAUCAUGUUAAAGUUGGGAGUAGCCAUCCUGGCUGGGUGUAUCAAUUGCUUGGAGCAUUGUCCCAUAUACCAAAAAAAAAAAAAAAAAAAAGGUUUUGAUGCCCCAUUAGGGCAAGUGCAGGGGAGGGAGGGCAAGUGGUCAGUGUUUCUCACAUCAAUGUUUCUCUCUCUCCCUCCCUCCCUUCCUGUCUCUCUGAACUCAAUAAGCAUAUCCUCUAGUGAGGAUUUUUUUUUUUAAUUAUAAAGUUAGGAGUAGGCACGUGAUAAUACUCUAAUGAGAUACUCAAGGCUGCUUCAAAGCAGGCAAAGUGUUUGCCUUUGAAGGCCUGUGUUGAUGCUGAUAAAAACGUAUGUGACGGUUGUAGGGUGUGGUGGGGAGUUUCCUUCUGACCUGACGCUUACAUCCUUUUAGGGGUGAUUAAUGACCCACCUUCCCCUGAUCCCUCUGUCCUUACAGAGUCUGCCUUCCUUGAUCAAGUGUUCUGAGAUUCCUCCUUGUUUUCACAGUCAUACAUUCAGUAAACCACAUUUAUUAUUGUGCAGAAGGUUUGUGUUGGGCAUUGUUCUAGACCCUGGGAUUAGAGAAGUGAAUAAAAUAGAUGAUAACCAUGCUCUCCUCACAUUCCAGACGUGACACCAGUGGCAUGGGUCAUGUGGAAGAGUGAUGUGGGCCAAGCAGGGGGGUUGGAGUUGGAGCCAGGAUGGCCAGGGAAGGUCUCACUGCAGAGCUACUCUGACCUAUGACACUCUUCGAUUUGCUGAGUUUGAAGAUUUCCCGGAGACCUCGGAGCCUGUUUGGAUAUUGGGUAGAAAAUACAGCGUCUUCACAGAAAAGGACGAGAUCUUAUCUGAUGUGGCGUCCAGACUCUGGUUUACAUACAGGAAGAAUUUCCCAGCCAUUGGGGGGACUGGCCCCACCUCGGACACUGGCUGGGGCUGCAUGCUCCGCUGUGGACAGAUGAUCUUCGCCCAGGCCCUGCUUUGCCGGCACUUAGGCCGAGAUUGGAGGUGGACACAGCGGAAGAGGCAGCCGGACAGCUACUUCCACGUCCUCAACGCAUUCAUCGACAGGAAGGACAGUUACUACUCUAUCCACCAGAUAGCGCAAAUGGGAGUUGGCGAGGGCAAGUCUAUUGGCCAGUGGUACGGGCCCAACACAGUCGCCCAGGUUCUCAAGAAACUUGCUAUCUUCGACACAUGGAGCGCCCUGGCUGUCCACAUAGCAAUGGACAACACGGUGGUGAUGGAGGACAUCAGAAGGUUAUGCAGGAGCAGCCUUCCAUGUGCGGAGGCCACUGCGUUUCCUGCAGAUUCUGAAGGGCACUGUAAUGGACUCCCUGUGGGAGCCGAGGUCACCAACAGGUCACCACUGUGGAGACCCCUGGUGCUUCUCAUCCCCCUGCGCCUGGGGCUCACGGACAUCAAUGAGGCCUACGUGGAGACACUGAAGGGCUGUUUCAUGAUGCCUCAGUCUCUGGGAGUGAUUGGAGGGAAGCCCAACAGUGCCCACUACUUCAUCGGCUAUGUGGGUGAGGAGCUCAUCUACCUGGACCCCCACACGACACAGCCAGCGGUGGAAUUUACUGACAGCUUCUUGAUCCCAGAUGAAAGUUUCCACUGCCAGCACCCCCCGAGCAGGAUGAGCAUCGGGGAGCUAGACCCGUCCAUUGCUGUGGGUUUUUUCUGUAAGACUGAGGAUGACUUUAAUGACUGGUGCCAGCAAGUAAAAAAGCUGUCACUGCUUGGAGGUGCCCUGCCCAUGUUUGAGCUGGUGGAGCAGCAGCCUUCCCACCUGGCCUGCCCUGACGUCCUGAACCUGUCCUUAGAUUCUUCUGAUGUAGAGCGACUGGAAAGAUUCUUUGACUCAGAAGAUGAGGACUUUGAAAUCUUGUCCCUUUGAAAAUCCUAAAGUUGGGGGACAUCUCGACUGGCCCUUGCUGGGGGUGCCUUUGAGAGCCCAGUCUGGCCUCAGGGCGCUUGGUGCCACCGCAUUUCAUCCAUUCUGCCCGCCUGCCCACCGCCCAUGUCCCGGCUGCCUCUGACCUCGAUGGGGACUGCACUAUGCUCAAGGCCUCACUACAGGAGUGGGACUGCUCGGCCCAGACACUCUGGGCUGCUGGAGAGAGCCAGGAAUUGCAGGGAGCAGAGCAGCGGCAGGGCUUGAGUUUUCACGGCACCUUCGUCCUACUUCCUUCAGGCUCUCAGUUCUAGGUUUUCUUUGGAAUUAAAGUCCCGUUUGAAGUUACUCGACACAGACAUGCAUUUCUGUUGGGCCUGUUCUGAGUCCAAGAAGACUGGAGACCAAGGAGUGACCACCUGGCAUCUCUUGGCUUUGGAGAAAGAAAUAGCAGAGAGGUGGGGCAUGGUGCAAACCAGAGACCACCGUACAUGUGACUUGCCAGGAAAGAGCUAUAGGUGGAGCCCAAGUGGGUUCACUUUCCUCACCUUUUGGUUCCAGCAUUUUGAGACGCCCACGGGCUGCUGCUUGUUGCACUGGCUUUUCCUGGGUGGGCAGUGGGUGGUGGGUGAGUGUGGAUCUGCCCUGGUCUGUGAUCCUUGGGCUCAUGCGGGACAUGGGGGCACGGCAAGCCUGGCGGGCAGAGGCUAAGGGCACCACAGAACUGCCCUCCCGGUACCGGUACCGAGGCUUCAAAUGGUUUGGGGCCAAAAGAUGAAACCCUGCUUAUGGUGCAAGACAGGUCCCCAUCGCUUAUCACGUCACUUGGAGACAUUUCCAGAUCCUUCUCAGCACUGACUGACAGCAGCACCUCAGCAGCACCUGCAGCCCUGAACCCUGGUUGGGCCCAGAGAGCAUGGCUCCCAUGCAGGCUUCGAGUCCUGAAGAGUAGCCUCCGUGGGAUCUGCGAACAGACACCUGGGGAGUUCAGGGAAGUGGCGCCUUCUUCCUCGGGGGCCUUCCUUGCAGACCCCUCCCUCCCUCGGCAUCUGCAGUUUGGACAGCGGGUGGGGGCCCACCUGAUAGCAGAGAACAUCCAGCCCCUGAGAGUCGCCGACCUAAGUUAAUUUGCUCUUGUCUCUCCUUCCUUCCCCAGGGAAGGAGGAAGGCUGGGCGGUCUCCAUUCCUUCUGCUGCAUCUUGGAAAUGUGCCACCCUGCCUGCUGGGCCAGGGUUCUUGCUGCAGCCCCCACUGUGGUGCAUACGGUGGAAGUGGGUGACAACCUGACCAAAGGGGAGCUUUGUAUUAGUGAUUUGAAAAGGCUUACUGAAGAGAGUGUUGUCCAUUCUUAGUAUAGUUUGCAGUUCUUCAUGGCAAAUAACAGUUUCAGUAGAAAACAAAGUCUAUUGUCUCUGUCUUGACCUUUCCUCAAACUAGAGUUGUAGUGAUGGGACAAGGAUGAACUCAUGUCCAUGGGUCUCAGUGAGGAUUUGUGGACUCAUGGCAAGCUCAUCUCCCCCACACUAGGCAGACGGACCUCACCUGACAAGGCUCUGCUAGCUGUGACACGCCUAUGGUCCUAAAGCAAAGAGCACGAGGAAAUUUGGUUUAGGAAAACACACAAUAACCCAUUCUUCAGCAAGAGGGAUUAUCCUAGUUUGAUGUCCCUCUGGUGAGCUGAGACUACUGGCCUAGGGCAGGCGCUGGCGCCUCAGCCAGUUCCCUCACUGUGCCCAAGAUGUCCUAGCUGGACAAUGCAGGGGGUGACUGGCCUACUUGGCUCCCUGCCACCCAUCUUCUGUUUAGGUGCAAGGGAACCAAUGCCAGACAAGAAAGCAGGAAGCGCUGUGCUGGUCCCCAUGUGAGGUGGCCCAGGAACCCGAGUCAUGGCCUCUGCUAGCAUCUGUUGUAACAAAUCUUGCCCAGUGGCUUCAAACAACAGACAUUCAGGAUCCUGAGGGCAGAGGUCAAACAGUAUGUCAGCAGGGCACGUUGCUCCUGCAGCUCCUGGGACGUUUUCUUCGCCUUGUCCAGCUUCUGGAAGCUGCCCUCCACUCUCAGUGAAGAUGCCUUUGCACACCUCCCUCUGGCUUGGCCUAUCCUGCUUCCCUCUGUUGGAGACCCUUCCUGGCCAGUCUAGGAUGCCUCCUGUCUCAAGGUCCCUCUCCCUUUAGGGACCUUGAGACAGAGGUGCUCUUCACAGGUUGUAGGGCUGAGAAUGCAGAUGUCUUUGGAGGCCUUUAUUCUGUCAAUGCCCCAAAGGCUGCUUUAGGGUGCUGGGAGGCAAACAGCCCCUCAGCUAAACCUGCUGCCACAACCCUGGCCAGGAUGUUUGACAAUGAGUGCUGUAUUUAUUGAAUAAAGUUUAAGUGCCCUUGAUUUGUAGGUCAGCCCAUUUCUACCUUCA